GGGCCGCCCUUGCGGCGCGGCCGGAGCGAUGUGGGCGGUGCUGGGCAGGCUGUGCGUGGCGCAGGCCGCGGCCCCGGCCCGGUUGAUCGCUGUUCGCCCCGCGGCUGCAGGAGCGUUCUCCAUACCCCACGUUACCAUGGCCACCCACUUCUCCAAGGAUCAGGAGGAGAGAAUCAAGUGUGUGAAGGGGGAUCUGUUCUCGUGCCCAAGCACGGAUGCCCUGGCUCACUGCAUCAGCGAGGAUUGCCGCAUGGGUGCCGGCAUCGCCGUGCUCUUCAAGAAGAAGUUCGGUGGUGUCCAGGAGCUCCUGGAUCAAAAGAAGAAGACGGGGGAGGUGGCGGUGCUGCAGAGGGAUGAGCGGUACAUUUACUACCUGAUCACAAAGCAGAAGGUUUCUCACAAGCCCACCUAUGAGAGCAUGCAGAAGAGUUUGGAAGCCAUGAGAGCUCACUGCCUGAACAACGGAGUCACCGAUAUCUCCAUGCCCAGGAUUGGAUGUGGACUCGAUGGCCUGCAGUGGGAAAAAGUGUCAGCCAUCCUUGAGGAGGUGUUUGAGAACACUGACAUCAAGAUCACGGUUUACACCCUGUGAGCAGAACAGUCAAAGAGCCCCAUUUCCCCCAUUUUGGGAGCAGAACCUGGGAACUGACAUGGGGAGCAYGUUCUGCAUUCGAGUGUCACUCACUUGUGUGACAGUGACAGGGGCUUCCAGCAGCAACAAGCUCCAGAGAAGUUCAUUUGGGGUGUUAAUUAGCAGGAGGCAGCGGYGCUGUGGAAACCUCGGGGAGCUCCCAGUGUGUCCCAGCAGCCACCAGGUGUCACUGGGGCUCCACGCAGGGAAACGGAGCUGCUGCCUCUUGGGGUUUCUCGUUUUGGUUAGUGCUGAUGAGCUGCCCCAGGCAGCCCCGUCACCCCUUGUUUCUCCUGUUUGCAAUGUCCUGCGGGGCACUCGGGUCACUCACCUGUUGUCACAGGUGUCACACUUUAAUUUCUCCCUUCUGGCCACAAAUUGGGUUUGCUGUGAUUGUGCUCACUCAGGAUCAUGUUGUGAUGUUCAAUAAAUAGUGCCCUGCAGUUGGA